AUGGCAACUCUCAAGCCUUUAUUACUCGCGGGAGGACGGUCCUCGCGUAUGGGCACGCGCAAAGAGCUUCUUUGUAUAGAGGACAACGAACCCAUGUACAAGCGAUUGACCUCUGUCCUGCGCGACGCAUGUCCUGAGUCCGACACAGUAUAUAUAUCGUUAAGGGACCGGAGCGCUGCGCAGGCGCUUUGCGAUUUUGGCGAUGUACCAUGCCCACAUGGUGAUAUGCUAGAGCUGGAUGUCAGGGGGUCAACAAUAAGCGUCCAGGUAAUUCACGAUAAUGACCACGGCAGUCCCCAGGACGAAAAUGCGGACAUUGGACCGGCAGCAGGACUCCUUUCUGCACAUCGCCAUGAUCCAUCGGCGACAUGGCUGGUAGUGGCGUGCGAUUACCCAUUCUUAACAACUGCAGCGUUGCAGUCUCUACGACAAGAGUCUAAAUCCAGCAGGGCACCUAUUACAUGCUUCACUAAUGCGGAAGGAUUCAACGAGCCUCUUCUCGCCAUCUGGACGACAGAUGCCCUGCAUACCCUCCACCAGAACGUCGAACAAGGGAUAUUUGGUCCGAGUGCAGUGGUAAAGCGCCUACGUGGCAGGACACUACGACCGGAGCACGAGCAAUGGCUAUUUAAUACUAAUAACUGGGAAGAGUGGCAGCAGGCAAUGGACAUGAAGCGGAUGCAUUAA